AUGAAUUCGGAGUCGCUGGAGAAUCUCCACCGUCCGUUGAUCGAAUCGUCGAAAUCGUUCGUCGAUUACCGUCUCGAGACUGUGUUGACCGACCGAGAACUGCCGUACUUCAAAAAAAUCUACCUCGCGAUGACGCUAGAGAUGAAGUUUCUCUUCUACCUCGCCGCUCCGGCGAUCUUCGUCUACGUCAUCAACAACGCAAUGUCGAUCUCCACCCGCAUCUUCGCCGGACACGUCGGCAGCUUACAACUCGCCGCCGUCUCGCUCGGUAACAGCGGAUUCAACAUGUUCACUUACGGCCUUCUGCUCGGAAUGGGAAGUGCGGUGGAGACGUUGUGUGGGCAAGCGCAUGGAGCGCAUCGUUACGAGAUGCUCGGGGUUUACCUCCAGAGAUCGACGGUGGUUCUGGUGAUAACCUGUUUUCCGAUGUCGCUUCUCUUCGUCUUCUCGAAUCCGAUCUUAAACUCGCUCGGCGAGCCGGAGGAAGUCGCGUCGAUGGCUUCCGUUUUCGUCUACGGGAUGAUCCCGGUGAUAUUCGCCUACGCGGUCAAUUUCCCGAUCCAGAAAUUCCUCCAAUCGCAGAGCAUCGUGACGCCGAGCGCUUACAUCGCCGCCGCGACGCUCGUCAUCCACUUGAUCCUCUCGUGGAUCGCCGUUUACCGAUUGGGUUAUGGAUUGUUGGCGUUGUCUCUGAUCCAUAGUUUGUCGUGGUGGAUCAUCGUCUCCGCUCAGAUUGUUUACAUUAAGAUGAGCCCGAGGUGUCGCCGGAGCUGGGACGGGUUUAGCUGGAAAGCUUUCGAAGGUCUUUGGGAUUUCUUCAGAUUAUCGGCGGCUUCCGCCGUCAUGCUCUGCCUUGAGUCGUGGUACUCUCAGAUUCUGGUUUUGCUCGCCGGACUUCUCCCUCACCCUGAGAUUGCUUUGGAUUCUCUGGCGAUAUGCUACGCGUUCACCGAUAGUCCUGCGGUGGCUGAGGCCGUUGCGGAUCUAUCUCCCUUCUUAGCCGUCACUGUCGUUCUCAAUGGAAUCCAGCCUGUUUUGUCCGCGGUUUUCGAAGCCAUCGUGAUUUUAUCGUGGCGUCAUGUAAUCAGCUACGCGUUCACCGAUAGUCCUGCGGUGGCUGAGGCCGUUGCGGAUCUAUCUCCCUUCUUAGCCGUCACUGUCGUUCUCAAUGGAAUCCAGCCUGUUUUGUCCGGUGUGGCUGUUGGAUGUGGAUGGCAAGCAUUUGUGGCGUACGUUAACAUUGGAUGUUACUACGUUGUGGGGAUUCCGAUUGGAUUCUUACUUGGUUUCACGUAUGAUAUGGGAGCAAAGGGGAUAUGGACAGGGAUGAUAGGUGGCACUUUAAUGCAAACGAUAAUCUUAGUGGUUGUCACGAUUAGAACUGAUUGGGAUAAAGAGGUGGAAAAAGCUUCGAACCGAUUGGACCAGUGGGAAGAGAGCCGUGAGCCACUUCUGAAGGAGUAA